UGACCAGAAAAAAUUGUUUUGGUUUAUCCUUGAUAAAAUCACCAAUGACAUAGAGUAACCAAAACAACAAAACAAUGUAGAAGCAAUAGCUGAUUGUUACUCCAAAACGGCACUUCUUGAUUUUACCUAACAGUUUGGUCAUUUCGGGGCUGCUUAGACAUACACAAACUUCAGCUUCCGGAGCUUAUUUUUUUACAGAACUCAAAAGUCCUCAAACGGGAAAGGGAGGGAGAAUUAUCCUUGUACAGCUAGUAGAUACUUGCUAGCAAUGACCGCGCCCACCUGCCGGCACCUGCCUUGUCCGAGGCUCCCCUCCGUGAAGCGAACGCUCCCCAUUUCACCUGUAGACUAAGAGUAGCCCCUCUUUUCGUGCGUGACGCGAGAACAAACCGCGAGAAAAAAUGGCCGUGCGAAUUCCCAGGGGCGAGAUUUCACGCCGCCAUUUUUUCCUCGCGGUUUAUUUACGGUCUCGCUCGACGGACUAAGCGAAAGAGGGACCUCUCGUAGUCUACUUCACCAGCGAACCAUCCGUGUGUUGCAACCGAGGCGGGUGUCACACAACGAAAUGAUAAUCAUAUCCACGGGCAGCGUGACUUCCCGGAGCAAACCCAAUCCUGUCGUGGCUGAAACUCUCCCCGGGAAAGUCUCUUUGCUUGUAGAUAGUUUUUUCCCUUCGCUGCUGCGCCGUGGAAAAGAGAAUGCCGUUCCCAAAAUAGGUCACCAAAAUAUGUUCAGGCAACCUCGUCCCCAGGGUCUUCUCCUCGUCAAUUUUCAAAAUGGAGAAGACCCUGGUGCCAAAAAUGCGGGGACUUCAGCAAGAUGGUCGAUGGCCAACAGCCAAAAUGCCGAUACAACUUUGGUUAUCUGCGGUGUAUCAGUGUUUCAUUCAAUGCAUCGAGUUAGUGGAACAUAAAGAACUGAUUUCUUGGUCUCAUAAUGAUAUCAGAUCCUUCCCCGCUGUGUUGUUGUGAAUUCCGCAAUCUUCAUGGCCAGAGAACCCACAUCCUUGCAUUUUGCUGCGAGUGUGAUGAACUGGACAACGCCGUCGACCAGUGUCUCAAAGGAAACCGAGUCCCGAGAGAGAAAUUGAAUGAAAUUUCUACGGUGAUAUCUGAUCGUAUUCGCAUCCCUUGGUUCAACGGCGCUAUAAAAGUGGAGUUUGAUGCUCUUGUCCCUGUCCUUUUUCUGGCAAUUUCUCUGUACUUUGCUUGCUUUAGCUUCGUCUUCACCGUCCUUGUACUGGUUUACGUUCCUGUGUUUAUCCUUAUUUAUUAUGUCUACGUGUUAAACCAGCGGAAAAAAACUUGGUUCUUUGUAAGUUGGGGUUUAACAUCUCUUGUUGGUAUUUUUAGUCUCUAUCUUCUGCAUGUUUCUCCUUUCUACUCGUACCUCAAUUCUAUCGUCAUUUCUCUUGGUUUCAUUCUGGUGUUAUUGUUAUACUUGCGUGCAAUAUUUUCCAGAAGCCUCCUCAACGCUUACGCCUUGAUUUCUAAACCACUCCUUCGAAACAAUUCACAUGUUAAUGCAAGUAGUUACAAGGAUCUGAACUGUUGUCUCUGUACUGAAGGACCCUUUACCAGGGCAAAGCAUUGUAGGAUUUGUGGCUACUGUGUUCCAAGAUCAGACCAUCACUGUGUUUGGACAAACAGUUGCAUUGGACAGCACAAUCACCGUUCAUUCCUUGCAGCUAUCACGAUAUUCAUCGUAACAGGACUUUGGGGAAUUUAUCUUUCUUUCCUCACUGUUUGUACAUCUCUGGACAGUAGUGUUCUCUAUAUGGAUUGUUCAAAUGUCUAUUCAGAUUCUAGGUAGGUUUUCUUUCACAUCAUGUUAUGUGACUGUUACAAUAGCAUGUUGUCAUCUUUGUAAUUUACCCAUUAUAAGCCUUGUGAAACUUGAUCUUGUUUCUCUGAAGUGCACAAAUCUCAAACCGUGAAGUGUAAAGGUAACUUAAUUAAAGGAGCUCAGUCACAGUAUAUUGAGUUACUUUGGCAAACACACAAAAUUACUUUUAUAAUACUGAAGGAA